AAAAUGACAACCAGGUGAAAAUCACGCCGCAAAAUGAGUCUGAUUACUAAGUUUCAAAGAACCUUGCAAAAUCUGUAUUUGGGAUUUAGAUACAAUGCACCAGCUUUGGUCACAGUGAAUCACCUACCAGAAAAAUAUGAAAAUGGGUCAUCUUGGCAGACAUUAAAGGACUGUUUUGAAAACAUCAUGAGGGCAGCUGUCCCAAAGAAGAGGAGGUCAAAGGAAAAACGAAUGAUGAGAAAGAUGGGCCAUUAUGGACUUUUUCUGAAGGAGAACUUUAAAGAACGGAGGGAGAUUUGUUUAACUUGUGGAAAUUACUUCAGACGUGGAUUUCUUUGUGAUCAUUGUUACAAUACUGCCAAACAACAGACAAUGAAGAUAUGGAAAGAGAUUGGUGAUAAAUACAUGAAUUUUCAGUAUUUCACAGUGGACGAUAACCCAAACAAUGUCAGGCGAUCAUUUAGAUAUGAAAAAUUGAAGGACUGGUUUCCUGAAGAACAAAUGGAGAAGAGCUCUCAAACAGAAAAGAAGGAGUCUAGUGAAUCAAGUACACACACCCUCAAGGAAACAACCCCAAACUCAUAGUAUUGUUUUGGAUGGCAUUUGAAAAUAGUGACUUUUUGUACAGUGAGGUGUGAAGUCAUUUUGUUUAGUCUGAUAUAAAAAGAUGAGAUUUUCUAGAAA